GUCUUGGUUGGAAAGAGUGUGAAAGGUGAUAAACAAAUGCGCGUCCUACCAAAACGAAAUGACCCGCGCAACCCGGAGUUAUUUUACGACUCUGCUGUAGAUGAUACAGAAAAUCCAUCUAUUUUCCUGACAUUUGAUGAUCAUCAGUGCUACCCUGAAUAUUUGAUCACAUUUAAAGUAGUUCCUCAGUGA